AAAAAAAUCAGACAAAUGGGGUCCAGAGACAAACAAGGUAUAUCUGUAAUAUUGAUGAAGUAUGAGGGGAAGGUUGUAACCAUCUACUUUAAAUACCACUCUUAUUCCCACCACCCUCAUUCCUUCACAACUUUUAAAACUAAAGUUUUGUCACCAGGCUUUGAUAAAACAGGAGCAAUGGGAAAUUGCUUGGUUUUGCAACAAAAUGUUACAAAGAUAAUGAAACCAGAUGGGAAAGUCCUAGAGUACAGAGCAUCCAUAAAAGUUUACCAGGUGUUGUCCGAGUUUUCUGGCCACGCAAUAUCUGAGGCGACUCCGGUGUACCAGCAUCUCCGGCCAGAUACAAAGCUGCUCGGUGGUCGCCUGUACUAUCUUGUACCUCUGCCUUUGCCGUCAGAGAAGGCAUCACAGAAGAAGGUGAGGUUUUCAACUGAUCCUGAAGGUGAAGCUCAACAAGAAACUAAAGUUGUAAGAAUUAAGCUAGUUAUAAGCAAGAAACAACUGCAGGAGAUGUUGGGAAAGGGAGGGGUUUCAGUUGAUGACAUGGUUUCCAGAAUUCAAUGUCAAACAAGCACAGAUAAGAAGACUAACAGCUCCGACAACGAUGGUAGUUGUGAAGGGUGGAAACCAGUUUUAGAAAGCAUACCUGAAGUAAACUAGCAAUAGCCUAUCCUUUAAUUAUCAUGCAUGCUGCUCUCUCCUGUCAAACAAACAAGAAAAGAAAAGAAAAUAUACUUCCCUCUCUGCUUCAAUGGUUUUCUGUAGGGUAACACACGCAUAUAUAAACACUGUAUCUACGAAUAAUAUUGCAAAAAAAAAAAAAAAAAAUUAGCUUUUAA